AUGGUGAAGACGCUACAACCUCCGGGAAAUGGCAAUGGAUCGAAUCCUACAGCUACGGCCAAGCUCAAGUCGACUGCUGGUAAGGCUCACUCCACCAAGUUCAGCCUCGACCCACCUCCGCCACCACUUCAAGAGAAGGAGCGUGCUCAGCCAGCAGUCGCCGCGAUAAAGGACCGCGGCGCUCAGAGACAGGCUUCAAUUGCUGGCGCCGACCUGAGCAAUCAGAAUAAGGAAGGAGAUGGACGCACAACAUCGAACAGCAUACUUGGCCGUCAACCCCAUCCGAAAAGACGAUUCGAUCUCGCCAGCUUUUGCCGUCCCCAAAGCCUGAGCAAGGACGGACGCUCAGCCUUGUUGAACGAGACCGAACCCGAGACAACACGCCGUUGCACGCGUGAGAGGGUUGUGGACCGCGCCGACUGGGAGUGGUCAUGGACGCUCAAGCAGAGUCAGGUGCGAGGGCGUGAUCAUCAGAGACAGGUGAGCUCUCUUGGCUGUCCACAAGGACAGACCCUCGCAAAUUUAAACCCUGGUUUCUUUAUACGGUGCCCGUCACUCACAGCCAUCCCGCUCCGCCACGUUCUUUCCUUUCGCCCAUUUGCCUGGACUGGGGCACCUCCAAGACGUGCUCGCAUACGUCGUUGGCGCUCAAGUCAAACUCAUCAAAUUUCGCGACGUCGGUGAUCCAGACGGCGACCACGACUCCGAAUCCGAAUCAGCACGUCGUCCACGAAAACUCAAGAUCGCAUCGCACACAAGCGCAACAUCGGCCACGGAGGAAUAUCACACAUGUGCUUGGAGCGCCGACACUCGGUACUUCCCCCACGACCCGAUGUUGGCCGUAGCCGGCAAAUCGAGAGUAAUCAACCUCUUUCGGGUGCGGCACAAUCCGUUGACCAACAAGGUGGAGCUGCUGUUGGAAAGGCGAAUGACUGGAUUUGGCGAGGUCAGUUGAGACACAGUAACAUUGGGUCUAUUUUCGUGGGCAUGCCUGAGCAUUACCUGCUGCUGUGCGGUACAGAUCAUUCGAGAGCUCAAGUUUUCACCCCAGCACCCUCACUGCCUCGCGGUCGCAUGCGACGACGGCGGUAUAUACCUCCUCGAUCCAACAGUAGAGCAGGGCAGUGAUGAAGCGAUGGCGAAGUCGAUCAAAGAGCACCUUCAGAGACAGGGAUCGCCGCCCGUGACGGCCAAGCCUGUCGAGCGACCUGCUGUACCCGGUGAGCUCCGAGCCCUGCUGCUCACGCAUCAUGAGUACAAUCAAGGGAUGCUCUCCGUCGACAUCCAUCCUAGACUACCUCUCGUCGUUGCAUCGGCUCGAGAUGGUAGGAUCUUCGUCUGGUCUCUGCCCAAGACGACUUUUGGCCCCGGGUGGCCGAGCCCGGACGAUCCCACGCCAUGGUGUCGGGACUUACCCAUCGUUGAGCAGUUCGAUCCGCCGAUCUUCAUCUCGAGCCUCAUCCACCCAGGUCACGUCAGCGAACAGGUUUGUUGGGCAUCAUCAACGACAUGUCACAUCCUUUCUCGAGCGGCCCACACCUACGUUGACGUCGAAGCGGGUGACCGACCGCGACGACCCAUGAAGGAGCUCAAGCUGUGGAUUCCGCAUAUGCUCGAUACGCUUCCCAACGGAGCGACGGAGCAGUAUGCCUAUACAUCUCAGCUCGAAUCGACUGCUCAAGAUCGCGUUCCAGCUCCGAUUUGCACCGACGCGAAUAACGACCCUCGACCGAAUGGAUCGAACCUCAUCCCGUCGUCGGCUUUCACGGUGGACAAGACUCUGAUCCUGACGGAUAUUGACGUCUCCUCUUUUGCUGUACAUCGAACGCCCUUGACUGAUCGUCGCGGGAAAGCCCCCAUUGAAGAAACCCUCGUUGCAUUCAUGACCGCAUUCGACCCAGCGCUCUUCAUGCUCCGUCCCUUCGCACUAGAAGCCCGUGCCGAACAAAACCUGCAACAUCAAGCCAAGACAUGGCUUCAAUCUCUCGACUCGAUCGCGACAACCCUACUCCCGAAAGAGCCCCGACCUGACGAAGAGUACAGAAUUGAUUGGUCCCCCGAUCGGAUCAUUGAUCUGUCAUUACCGGAGGAUGGCCAGAUGCCUAUUUUCAGGAGCUUGGCGGUCUCACCUAAUGGAGCUAAGUGGGUCGCCGGCGUGGGCGAGAACGGCUUGAUUUCUUGGUGGAAAAGGACACGAGUCUCACAAAAGGCUGAUUCAGAUGAUUCCGAGAUGGGUUCGGAAGUAUUUUGA